AUGAAGAUAUCAAGCUUAGAAGUAUAUGGUGACUCCAUGUUGGUGAUCAACCAACUAUUGACCCAUUACGAGGUGAGGAAGGAGGAUUUAAUUCCAUACCACCAAAUGGCCACACAGUUACUUGAAAAGUCUGACUUCGUGACGUUGGAACAUAUGCCAAGAAAAGAUAACCAAAUGGAAGAUGCCUUGGCCAACCUUGCCGCUACGUUGGCAUUGACAAAAGAUGAAGCGGUAAAUCUUCCAGUUUGCCACUGUUAG